GUCAAAAGAUUCAAGAUGGCGUCCAGAAGCGCUUUGCGGUGUGCGAAUUUACUCAGAGCAACAGUGACUAGGAGCGGCAGGAAAAGCACAGUGGACGGUAUUUUCUCAAUAUUUUGGCUUUCGUUACUUUUAAGGGACCGUCGCUCUAAAGAGGACAAGAAGUAAGUGAGCGAGCAAAAUGACGAGUUUAAUGCAAGUAAUGCAACAUGUAGGUUGAGUUUGAUCAUCCGGGUGAACGUAGUCCUGAAUAGGACUGUUGUUGUUGACAGUGACUUCACCUACUUUUGAAAUGACUCCUGGGUUCAUACCUUUCACAAAAAAAAAAUAAUGUCUUAUGUUUAACAAUAAAGAACGAAAAAAAAUGCAAAUCCUUGCCAUUUCUGGAUGCAUUCUUUUAGCCACGAACAAUGAAUAUCGCAGACAAGACAUUUCUUAGUAAUUUUUUGGAUUUUGGCCAAUUACCUUAGAUUCAAGAGAGGUUCAUAUAGAAAAUAACCAAAAAAAGUUAAUGUUUUUUCUCGUUAUACACUCUACAUUUGGCGUGUAAAUUCGUCACGUUGUGGCAUAAACUCGUCAUUUUGUUCAUGCAUUCAGUUAGUUGUUUUCCUCUUUAGAGCGACCAUCCCCUAAAAGUAACGAAAGCCGAUAUUUUCUCAAUAGAAACUAUAAAUGCUUUUUAGACUAACUGAAAAUUGUUCCAAGUGCACCCUUGAAAACUAUUAAAAUAGGCUCGUGAUUUUUCUCUUAUUUUGCUGACAUAACUUGCAUUUAUCCACGAUGAAGGCUUUGUCUCUGAAACUAGAGAUAUGUGUGUCUCAAUAAAAUUUCUGCACAGACCAUACAUUAACUAUACAUACAUGUUUCAGCUGUAUUCAUACAAACAAAUUUAUAGUUUGUGUGAAAUAGUAUGAGAUUGCUGCAUGCAUAACAAAUGUAUGCUGCUGUGGGAAAAUCGUCCCACUCAUCUUAAGUGUAAGAACUUUUAAACUUCAUGAGUGACGUAAAACAGCAUGAAGAAAACUAGGAAUCCCAGGCUGUAUAGGGCGUUCCAUUUUUUAUCUGCACUCCACCUAAGGAUGACAGGUUUUUGAACUGGAGGGUUGGAUUUUUCUUCGAAGAAGCCAACAAAAUUUGGACCUUACGGGCAAGUUUUUCAAAAGUGCCAACAAAAUGUGAAACCUUCAGAUUUCAUUUUUCUGGGCUUCCCUGCCACUUUAGCUCUUUUUUGGUGCAAAAAGAAUAAAUUUAACUGAACUGAACCAGUGUUCUCCUUAUCAGGCGGUAACCGGUAAAAUUUACCGCCUGAAGCAACAGUUCUUACUGCCUGCAACCGCUUGAAGGUUUGCUAAAACUAUAUAAGUUGUUUUAAAAAAUACGCAAGUUGUGAUCCGCUCCGCAUAAGUAAAUGAAUGAAAAUAUGGAAAAAUAAAAAGUAUACACAUCUUUUGUCUCUGAGGACUUUAUUUAAUUGCUGACUGGUACUAUGAAGCACUGGACUAGCGAUUUUUUUCGCGUGCUUUUCUACAUUCCUUCGUGCAGGUGCACAGACGCGUGCAUUUGUGUCAUUUCUCAUCUGUUGUUCGCCGCUCACGAUGAAGCGACAGCAGUCUAUGCUGUCAUUUUUAUCCAGAGAAAGCAAGAAAACACGCGACGAAGCAGGUAAUAGUACCAUAUAAGAACUUACCAUAAGAAGCUUUUUCUGUAAACCUUUCGAAGUUUCUGCAUGAUUAGUUUUCAGUUACAGUUUCCUGGAAAGUGCGACUUCCACGAAUGGAAUUACUUGUUGACCAUAGCGACAAAGGCUGCCUUUAUUCCGAAAAUUCUUCGUCUUGAAGUGUUCAAAAUACUUUACCGUCAAUUGGCUAACAGGAUGCUCAAAAAUAGCAGCCUUCAUGGACUCAAAAGUUUAGAUUAAAAGUAAAAUAUUUUAGACUGUAAACUGUGAAGACACAUUUGCAGCGAUCGGAAGCGGAGAGACCGCUGACUUUAAAACGAUUCUUCAUGUAGGCCACCCCAAAGUUAUCGUCGGAAAAACCCGCUUUUCUUUACAUGGGCUGCGCACUAUGGAAAGAGAACAUUUAAGACAGAAUAAAAGUACUGGAAGCAAAUGUUUUUAAUGUUUUCGCAAGAGUCAAUCUAUAAAUUUAAAGGGAAAAGGUAUACAUUGGGCUAGAAGCCCUUUCAUAUGUGAUGUAUCUUUUAGAAAACAACACAGUCCAUGAUGACCAUCAAGGUGUACAAAUUGAAGUUGAAGUAGAACCAUCAGCAAUACCCGCCCCAGUAGUUACAACCCCGCUGAUUGAUGAGCCAAUACCAGGUACAGUGGCACCUUCAGCAGUACUGUCCUCAGAUGCACCUUUGUUAAUUGAUAAACCAAUGCCCUUGGGACCAAGAUCAAUAGAUGCCAGUUCAAAAAUCUGUACUAUUCCUGAACAGCAGCACCUGCGAAUCCUGGACGAAGCUUUUGGGAGUGACCUUCACCAUGGAUUACACAAUCAUG